AUGAAAUACUUUUUAAAAUCAACACUAUUAUUACUGAUAUUAAAUCAUUUUAAAGUAUCAACUUCCGUAAAAGGACCUUUUACAGAAGAUUUUAGGAAAUGGUUAAAUAAUAAUGGUUAUAGUGAAUAUGACUUUCCUAAAUUAAUGUUUGGUACUUCUGGUUCAUAUGGUGGUAAAAUAACUACAAAUGAAACUAUACAAAAUAUACCAAUUAUAUUUAUACAUGGAAAUUCUGAUUCUGCAUUGAAUGCUGGUACCUCAACAACUACUGGAUGGAGUAAAAAUAUUGAAUAUUUUAUUUCUAAUGGUUAUAAAUCUGGAGAGUUAUAUGCAUUAACAUGGGGUGAUAGAGAUCCUUUGACAGCCUCAUUAAAAGUACAUGACUGUGAAACUGUAAUACGUUUAAGAAAAUUUAUUGAAGCUGUUUUAAAUUAUACUAAAUCACCUAAAAUUAAUAUUAUAUCACAUUCAAUGGGUGUAACACUUGGUAGGAAAGCUAUACAAGGUGGUAUAUUAUUAGAAUAUCUUGGAACAUCUUGUGAUAUUGGAAAAUCUAUAAAUGAUAAAAUUGAUAUUUUUAUUGGUAUAUCUGGUGCAAAUUUAGGUUUAUGUAAUUGUGAAGGAUACUCUUCAACAAUAUCACCAACCUGUAAUCCUAUUAAUGGACUUUAUCCAGGAAAUUUUUGUGGAUUAAAUGUUGCUGUUUGCGGAAUAAAUCCUCUUCCAUUUCCAUGUUCAAGUGUAAUAUAUAGUAACUUUCUAACAACAUUAAAUAAUAAUCUUACACCAGAAGCGUCAACUAUUUUCUCUUUAUGGUCAAAGAAUGAUGAUAUUAUAAUGUAUUUUGAUUAUGUAUGGGGAAAACCAACUAGUCUAAUACCAAACAGUAUAAAAAAAGUAGUUUAUGGAUUAACACAUAUGGAAACAAAAGAAAAUACUUUAGAUAUACAAUAUCAAAUGAUAACUAAAAGGGAAAUAGAUUAA